AGUGUCAGCUGUCCUUACACAGCAAUCAAUGUUCUCGUGCCGGUAGGACAUGCAGUUAGUCAGGGGCCCGUCCCAAUAAUACAGUAUAUUAAGUGAACUUACAGUCGUACAAUGCAUUGACUACAAAUAUCGACUGAGUUUCAGGGUGGAUACUUUGAAAACAGCACUUCUGGAUUCCCACGCCCAGUGGUGUUCUCCUUUAAUCGGAUGAAAUUGUUCACGCAGCCCAUCAAAUAAGAUCUGUCCCCACAUCCAUGGUGGUGCAGUUAGCUGAUGGAAAGAAGCUCAUUCAAUCAGCUCAACAUGGUCUCCAGGCUACCCAAGUUUGCUUCUCGCCCCUCGAGCACCACCGUAUCCUCCCUUCCUCAAAGAUCUGCCCUUCCUGUCUUCACUAUGGCCUGCAAAGGUGCCCCGAUAAGAGGGCACAACAGUUUGACACCUGUGCCGUCCCUUAACCGGCAAAAAUGUGAAGAGCGAAACAAACUUCCGCACACUGACAGCUUGGAAGAGAAGACCAGUGUAACCAUAUGCUCACAGCCUGCUGUUAUGCCGAUUAAAACGUCAGCACCUGAUAAAUUUAAGAGUGCUGUCCACACUGCACAGAGUGGUAGUACCAGAACUUUGACCCAGCCUAACAAAACCUAUCCCCAAAUGACUUCUGCCAAACGCCUCUCCGUAGAGCAACCUCCUUAUCAGAACGGAGUGAGCGGUGGUGAUGAGUGUUAUGGUUCUGGCUCAUCAGGGCCUGGUCUGCAUAAUUCAUCCCAACAGAGAACUUUGGAGAACCCAUUGUCCUUAUCCAACGACAGCCUCAAGUCCGCCUUCAAAGAGAACAUAGUGCGCUCUCAGAGUUUCUCCAAUGCCAAGAGGGCACCAUCUCCCACCGAUCCACCCAUGACUCGUUCCUUCUCUUUUAACAAAGCUAAAGAGCUUGCUAGAGAGCUACCCAGACCUUUGGCACAAUCCCCAGUGGCUAGGUCACCGCUCAUUCAGCCUAAUCCAGUUUUAGAAAAAUCAGGCAAAUUUGGGAUUUCAAGACCUUCUGUAACUUCUAGUGGUGGCACUAUGCCAAAGGCCACAAUAAAGAAGACAUUAUUACCCAGCUUUUCAAGUAACAAGCCCUCAGCACUUAGCUAUAGACUAACACGUCCCUUACUCAGCAAGAAUCUCCGCCCUACUGGUGCCAGCACUGUCCAGAAUGAAGCAGAGGUAAGUAAUGAGGACAAAGACUCUACAGAGAAAGCGGAAAACCGUUCUGAAAUAAACAUCAAAGCUAAAAGCCUUGGAUGUGCCCCCGGCGAUACCCACUGUGAAACAAAUGAGGAACAGAACAGUUUGGGUCGGCCUUUGGAGGUCUUAGAGGACAUGUCCUUAUCUUCCUCCUCCUCCCUGGAGCACAAUGACACUAGUGAGGAGUACAUGGAUGAUUUUGAUAACCUUGGUAACGGAGGCGAGAUCUUGCUGCUACCUGUCCACAAAGAGGGAUUGGAUAUCUCAGGACUGUGUGUUGAGGACAACGAUCUAAUCACUAAUAGCAUUGAGAAUUCAUCGCCGGCUAGCCUCCACAGCUUCUUGUCUGAAACUGUUGAAUGGGCAGGGAUGGGCCUUACAGAUGGCUUUGAGCACAAGGCUUUGUCUCCUGUUGGUGAUUUUCCUCAUGGCUUUUCUCUGGACCUGUCACCCUCAGACAGCUCUGGUGGAACCUACAUGUGGGAUGAGGAGGGGCUGGGAGGCUCUGGACAGCUUUGUGGGAGCUACGACUCUGAUCCUAAUAGCACUGACAUUCUCAAUAACCUUGAGAAUGUGGAGUCAUGUGACCUGGAGGAAGAUGACCUCAUGCUGGAUUUGGACCUGUCUGAAGAUGCAUCCUUACGUAGCGGUGAAAAACAAGUUCUUGACAUUCUUGUGGCAGACACUGAUGGGUUGUCACCAUAUGAAGGCUCUGAGAAAGUAGGCCAUCCAAACCAGGGGAGGAGACAACAUCAGCGCUGGAGCAGACUUGAUCAGUUCUGCCGUGAAAGCAGGAGUGACAUUUUGCAGUCGUUUGACGGGUGUCAGGGAGAGGGGUUGGAGAGGUCGGGGUCGGACCAUGUGAUGCUGGAUGAGUUGACGUUGACCCACAUGGCUCAGGACUGCUCCUCUGUCAAAGUACAGCUGCUUCAGUUAAAGACACUGCUUCAGAUGGAGGCAGACAGUUCAAUUGAAGAGAUUUUAGAAGUUCAUACCCCAGAAUCAACUGACCAAUCUUUACUUGAAGAAAAGGUAGCGCUGCUCCUGAUAGAGCUGCAGGAUCUGAAAACUGAGCUCAGAAACAAGGAGAAGAUUAUCACUGAACUUUCACAGCAGGUGUCUUCUCCAGUGAAGUGUCACUGCAGUCAGGAUUCAGAGAGUCACAGCAGGUCUGUCGAGCUCCAGGACAAGAGCACUCAAACCCCAUGGAAAUCACCUAAUCCUCAGAUACUACAAGCUCCCCGAUUCAUACCCAGCAAGCUUCACACCAAUGAAAGACAAUCAGCCCCUACAGAUGCCUGUUGUUUCAAUAUGGAUGGCAAGCCUGGUAACCGCCCACUGAUCCCGCAGUGCGGUUCUAAAGAUCUACAGAGUCACGUUGCCAUUGAGUCUGCCCUGAAUUGUCCCUUACCAGUAGAUAAUGUUCCUUCUACUUGCACUUCCGCUUUCUCCUCCAAAACAUUGCAGAACCCCAAAACACUAAGCGAUCUUCAACCUCAACUUAGUAAGCCAGAAAGCCCAUUAGCUUCUGGUAACCUUUCCUGUAGGCUAGAGAGUGAUACCCAAAAAUGUCCAUUGGUAAAAAGCAGUCUUUCAACACCUACACCACCACCAAACAGUAUCAAGAGAGCUCCAACACUCAUCAAGGCCCAAAAAGUGCAACAAGCCCGCAUGCUCCCUGGGGCCUUGGAUAGGCUGGAAAAGGCAGGUCUUUCUAGGACGAAACAUCUACUUUUACCAACUCGCGGACUCAAGUAUAUCAACCCAGAAAUGCAGGCUACCAUACACAUCCCCAUUACACCACCAAUAUAUAACCCACAAAACCAAGGGUUCAGACAGUCUCAAUCACACAGAGAGCCCAGGGCCAGUGCAUCCCUCCAGCCCAACCAUUCCCGUCUUCCUAAACCAAAGACCUAAACCAAUGACUGUCUCCCAGACAUUAACGCCCAACAAGGUCAAACAGUAACCUCCUUUUUUUCCAUCUCCACUGCUUGUGUGAUUCUAGAUAAGCUAAGCACAGCUUAGGGCGUCUUAUCAAAAUCCAGAAAGGCUGCUGCUUAAGCCAUGCUUGUAAGGUAUCAGGCGGGUCUUCUGUCUGAUAUUAUGGUAUUUCUUCAAACAUGACUGAGCGUGGUGCUCUGCUUGAUCUGCUGGGCCUCUCCAAAUAAAUAAUGUACACAAGGUCACACUCCAAGCUACCCACGUUAAUCUGGAAUUCUUCAAAUCAUUCACCCAGCUAACACUGUGACUGUUGACCGUGGCUGCAAGGUUUGCAUCUGAAUAAUCUUGGGGCAUACAUUUAUUAUACGUUGAAUGUGUGAGUUUUGCAGAUGAAACGUUGAAGAAAAUAAUAAAUCAAUCUUUGUGUUGUAGUUUCAUAUAUCAGUACACUAUACAAAUUUGGACAAAAGAAUCUGAUUAUAUGGACCCUAGUAAAGGCAAUUGCUGAAUCUUACUGCACUAAAGCAAAACUAAAACAAUCAAGUCCAUUCUAGUCUAAUCUAGCCAGUGUUGGCAUUGUGCACUUCCUGUAUUUCGAAUUUACAAUAUUUUAAAAGCACUGAGGCAAAUCGUUUUUCUUCUUGCUGUGCCCCCUUUAAGGAACUACAGUAUGUAAAUCUUACACUAUUACCUUGCAUCAUAUAUUUCUCCUCUGAUAGAUCACUCAUGCAUAUCUGCAGGAUUACAGUUCAAAUCAAGCAGAGCGCGAUUACUUUCUCCGCUUCAAUUUUUGUGUCCCUCUCAUGGGUAUCCUUGAGGUUGCUUUUCCCUUAACUACCGCCACAUGUGGUACGUAUGCAGCGUGGGCUACGAAAGGGUGUCCACAGAGAUUUUCAAAGGAGCUUCUCAUUCUAUUGCUUCUCGUCCUAUCGUUUCUCUUGCCUUUGUUCCUUGCUGCUAGUUCAAGGAUCGUGUCCUGGAGGUAUUGGUCUCCCACCGCGCUACGCAAUAAAAAAAGUUCUGAAAGCUGAGUCUAACUUGGUAACAAAUUAUUUUGCAAGGCCAGUAGGAUGGAAAAAGUGAAAUAACAUGCAGGUGUGGAGAACUUGGUCCAAUACAGUUAAACUUUAGCAAGUAGGAUGUGUUCGUGGAUCAUUCUUAACAACAUUUUUAUGAUCAAACCAGAGGGUUAGUCUUAGAGUUAUUUUUUAAGCUUAGAGGAACAAUAUUCCUAUCAGUCACAUAGCUCUGGUUGUUUGGGUUAGGACUGUUCAUUUUAUUGUAAUGUUAUUUCAAGACCAACCAAACCGACAAAUCUGUAAUUUGCCAGAUUGCAAGGUUGUAAUGUGACAAGAAACAAUUCCAAAAGACUUCAAACGCAGCGCAUGAUUGCAAAUCAUAGAAUAAUGAUACCGAUAUCUUUAUAUGUAAAGCCAUAAUAAACUAUCCUAAGGCCUUCGAUUCUAUCAAUAUUAUGCCCAGGACAUAUCUAAAUAUAAUGUAAAGUGCAAUAUAAUACAGCAUAUUUUGUUGAGACACAGACUUUGAGCUGCGUUUCUAAGCUGUUUUAAAUGUGUAAUACGCUUGUGCAUGUAUUCAACAACAACAAAAACCUAUAAUAGUCAUCUGCUUGUACAGCAUCUUGGCAUACAUUUUCUAUGCAACGCAAGAUUUGUCAUUCCAUCUAUGAAUAAUAGUAUGUUAGAAACAGUCGAAUUGAAGAGCUCAAAUCUGAGAUGUUUUUUUUAGUAAAUCAGACUCUUAAUGGAUUCUGCCACCUUCCCGAAGUGCAGUUUUGCGGCUUUUGCAAGUCCUUAAUUUAAAAAAAUAAAUAAAAUCGAAACUUCAUCUUACUUUAUACAUGGUCAUUGUUAUGUUCAAAUAGCUAUGUAUUGAUUAUUUUUUAUUUAAUAUUUUAUUUUUUAGCUCCGUUUGUUAAACGCCUUAUCUGUGUUUCCGUUUUUAAUCAACCCCCUACUUUUGGUAAAGAAAAAGUUGAGGUACCUUUUUUGUACUUCAGUCCCAGGUUUUGAUGCACCAGCUUUCAUUCCACUUCUAUUCACAUCAAGAUUCGUCUCCUCAGACUGGCUGAUUGCCUCCGCUCGCCUAACCAAACACGUCAGGACAGAGUUAGCACAGGCUUUGACUUAUCUACUGCAAAUCCAUCAGACCCAUCAGUCAACACUAUCUCACCUCGGCUGGCAGCUUGCAUGUACCACAGUGUCAAAGCCCGCAAGUCAAACGGUUUAUCUCUUCAGGGCCGUCAGUCCAUCUUAUCUGGUUCACAUCUCAGAAAUUCUUUACCACUUCAAAAUGCACAUAGAUCUCCUUUAAUGAGGCUUCGAGAUGAAAUCCACCUCGCAUCAGAUCCUAAUGACGUUAAAAACGGUUUGAUGAUACGGAGUCUUAAUACGGUGGAGAGGAACCCAGAAGAACUCGUGAAGCCACUGAUAGAUUAGUCCCAAACCCUCAACCUAAUCCCUAAAUCCUCCUCAAAAAGCACUCACAAAACAAAACACCUCCAUUAUUACCUCUGCUUUCCACUCCUGGCCCCUGCUGUUGCUAAAGAAAGUAUAUAUUUGAGGGUGUAGACAUGACCACUCUGAUGAACCAGAGAUGAGAUGGUGCUUUUUUGCUAAAGUGCUCUGAAGUGAAGAUUAUAGUCCCUGUUGAUGGAGGAUAGUAGCACUCUUACUGAAAGCCAAAGCACAGUAUUUGCUACUGACAAAAAGCAACAAGGAAGAUCCUGUAUUAAAACACAUUGAACAAAAGAUAAUGUCAUUUGUGUUUAUAUUUUACAUCAUAAUUUCUCCUAGGCCUUUGCAUUUGGCAGAUGGUACAGUGCCUUUUACAUAUUUAUCUGUAUCUGUUCCCUGGACAUAAUCCCACAACCUAUUAGUUUAGCUACAGGAACACUGAGAUACAGAAAACAGCAUAUAAAUAGUCAACAAAUUGUCAACUCGUGUUAUUAGGUGAACCAGUGUUGCUACACUACAGUAAGUCAUUGUUGUUAUUCCAUUUGCCAGCAAAAUUUACACGUCACCAUUUGUUUCUAGACCUUUCACAAUCAUUAUUUAGUGUUGGAAUGUACAACCAAGAAAUUUUGGAUUAAUAAAUGAUGUAAACAUUAAACUAUGACAUUAAAACGUUUACUUUUCAAAACAAAAGAAGUUAACCAUUUCACAUUGCGUAGUUUAGUGUAACGCUUUAAUUAUAUUUGAACUGCACAGGUGCCUUCUGAUCGAGUUUUACGUUUUCUGCAAGCUCGAUUUGCUUCUUUAUCUUAGUUGAGAUUUGUUCUGCUAGCUCAUUGGUGCCCCCACAGUUGGGCAUUUCUUUAAUGCUGUCUUUGCAUUGCAAAAAUGUCAUUCUGAUUGCAGAAGUUUUGAGUUAGGAGUUGAGGCAAAGUCGUGAGUUUCCAGUGUUAAAGUAUGCACUGCAUAUUCAGUUAACUACUUUGUUGUUGGUAUACUUGAGUGUGUUCUGCUCUCUGAUAUUGCUUGUCCACCUAAAUCUGACUGUGUGUUUCCACCAAAGAAAUGACUAAAAGCUGGCUCUGUGUCAACCUAGAAAUGUUCUGCUCAUGAUAGAUCAUGUUUAUUUAGAUCAUUUGUGUAGUAACUUGUGUGACCUUGGACCACAAAACCAAUGGUAAGUUGCACGGUAAAAUACUUUGCAUGACUCAAAAAUGUUCUUCUAAGUGAAAAAUCUUUACACUGUAAAAAAUCUUUGCUGCCUUACAUUUUCUUGUUGAAUCAACUCAGAUUUACAAGUCAUGUCAAGACUACAGAUGAGUUGCUACAACUUAUAAAGAGUUGCUACAGCUUUUGUUAUAAUUGCAGAUGAGUUGUUAUAACUUAUAACUCAUCUCAAGUCAAGAUAAAUAAUAGUAAUUUGAAAUGAAGUUGAUUCAACAAAAAAAUUAAGGCAGCAAAUAUUUUUUACAUGAUGAUGUUUCAUGAAGAUAUUUUUAACUUUUUACCAUAAAUAUAUAAAAAAAAUUGUGAGUGGAUGCAGCAAAAUCAUCAUCAAAAUUAGCCAGAAACAUGCUUACAAACUUUGCUUUGCGACCCUUUCCUAGGGCAUUUAAGAGUGGUUUAUGUAAAAGCUUACAACUUUCCCAAUUUAGUCAACAAGGUCAUUACAGCAGUAAGCAAAUAGAGAAUUAAUUCCAAAAUUAAUAUGCAUGGUUAAGACUUCACAUGGACUUCAGACUUUUAAUGUUAAAUGUUUCAAUAUAUAUAUUUUUUUUUUAAUAGUUGUAGCUCGGCCAAAUAUUGACCCAUCCUAAAAAACCACUGUAUACACCAAAGAUUAUUUAUUUUAGCUUUCGGAGGAUGUAUCAAUCUAAAUAAAAAAAGACCUUUACGACUGGUUUUGAGGUCCUGGGUGUCACAUAUUUGAGUUAUGGUUUAGCUAUAUUGAAAGCGAAAACACGGGCCAGUUCUAAGCACCAGAACCAUUACUUUGGAAACGGGUGCUUAAACGGUCCAGAGCUUCUUAAAUGUAAUGUGUGUACAUGAUGGAAUCAAAAAACGAGAAAACGUGUGGUUUACUACUGUCUUUUCGGGGUUAUAGUGGAUGUCUGUAUGUCACUUUUAUUUUACAGUAUGUCUGUAAAAAAUGCACACACACUAAAAUUGCUUUUGUGGUCUUACCUUUGCAUUUAAGUGAUGAAUAAUAUAUGAAUUACUUGAAACUUUGUCUCUGUAGCUAUACAAUACUCACAUUCAUGUCUUAAGGUGGUAAUAUUUAUAAUAAGCACUAGUUUAUAGGGGAAAUGGGGGGUUAGUGCAGCUUGUGAUGUCUCGUCUGAAUUGCAAACGUUUAUGGAACAAUAUCACUGUCUGUGUAAUUAUGUCUCCCUGUAGUAUUAUAUAUUCAUGUUACAAUGUUCCUUUGAUGCAGAAACACUGUUCUAUUGUUCUGUUGUACUUUUGUAUUCUUUCUGUUUACUUAAUUUGUGCUAACAGAGAACUCAUUAAUAUGAUAAUGCACCGCUCUGUGGUGUAGAAUUACAAUUAAUUUAUUUGUGCAUUAUUUAGGAGUGUGUCCGGUUCAUAGCGCUGAUGGAAAAUCCCUGAUAUGCACUUUAAAUGUAUAGAUGAUGUUUUCAUGCUCUACUCCAUCUCUUUCUAUUUUAAGGCUGAUUGUCCAAGAGCGCUAAAUAAAGAUACCACUAAUAUGUUA